AUGUAUUCAAGAUCAAGGCUCUAUAUAGAAGUCUUCGUUCCACUGGUGCUACCCUGGCUAUUCUAUUUUGAAAAUAGAUGGUUCAACUUUAUCACGCAGUUCGUUUACAUGCGGCGCCGAGAGCAGCGUCGUGUGGCUUUGAAUAACCUUGUUUCGCAAAAGAAAGAACAAAUCUGGCAUGCUGCUAUUUCAGGUGGGGAUGGUAAGAUUCAAAAGUUAAUCGAAAGCGUGAACUUCAACCAAACAAGAGGUAUUAUUGCAGCUGAUGUGGCAGGGGAACGUUACUUCGAUGACAUCGACCAUCCAGUUAGCGGACAGUCCCGUAUGGAGGCUAUUGCGGAUGAGUUAGCCAACACGUCUCGUUUUGUUCCCGAACAAGAAGAACAGAACACCAUCUUUGAUAGGUCUGGCACAGUCUCAAUUCUAUGGAUCGCUAUUGAACGAAACCAUAAAGACGACGUCAACUACCUCUUGACAAACCGAAACAUCUUGUUGCAAACACGUCAUUGCUCUGGCCAAGACACUGUCCUUCAUAAGGCAGUGUUGAGAAAUGAUUACGGUCUUACGAAAUCCAUACUGGAGACAAACUCGUCGAUAUCGCCGUCUAACUGCGUCAAUAUUACAAACCGGCUUUCGGAAACCCCAUUACACAAUUUGGUCCACAACGUUCGUGUUAGGAAAUGGAAAAAAGGAUCCGAGGAACUGAAAGAGGCCCUCAGGAUAUUUGACUUGUUGUUUGAACAUGGUGCCAGCGUCAACGCGGUAAAUCAAAUGCUCCGGACCCCACUUCAUAUGCUCUUGGAUUCCUCCCCGGAUGUGGAUAUCAACCCCCUUUUCGAGAGGCUGCUCUCAGCUGGAGCGGAGGUAAAUAGCAAAGAUAUUUCUGGAGAAUCGCCUCUUCAUCUAGCAUGCCGUCAAAAAUAUCAGAAAAUUAUCGAAACACUGGUUAAGACAGGCGCUGAUAUGAGAAGCCUUGACCGCAACGGAAAAACGCCAAAAUCUUAUUAUGGGGACAACGAUUUCUGGAUGAGGGUAGAGGUAAUAUCCUUUGUCGGGAUGGCCAAGAGUAGAAAGCCAGUCAAACUUCCACCCAGCCGCAAGACAAGCACCAGAAGUAGACGAGCCAUUUGCGACAGGUCACCAGUUUACUGUCGAUUCCAGCAAAGUAGACAAGCAGCAGGAGUGAUACCCCGAAAAUCUUUGCAUUGGAUAGCGGAGGAUAGUUACAUAUCUAAUGUUAUCUACGCGACAAACGAUGAGAACAAUGUCACCUUCCUUGACGAUUGCGAAUUGCAAUCCACAAGCUGGUGGGACUAUGUUGAAACUUGUCUUGUCAGUCUACCCGAUCCACCCACAGGCGUGACUCAUGAAGAGAUACAAGCGCCUCAAGACAAAUGGAGAUGGGUCAGUUUACCUGCCAACAAUAUGACAUGGGUCAAAAUGAUGGGGAUCAAUUUAUCGAACUCCAGCGGCUCCACCAACAGUCCUCAGGCAGGAUCAAUGGUGUCUAUCGUGAUCCCGUAUCUCGACAUCGAGGUUGAAGAGAAUGUCCCUGACCAGAUUGAAGACGUCUAUUUUCCUUUCUCAGGUCUAGAUGGCGCUCAAGUACCUCAAACUCUAGAUCAGACUUUCAAUAGCACCAAAAGCCUGUCAGGUCUACGGUCGAAGGAGAAUCAAGUUAUCUACAGGUGGUCUGAAAGACAAGCAUCUCGACAGCGUUGCCGCCGAGUCGCGGAGAAAGGGAUAUAUUCACUGUUCCAGCUACUCAUCUUCAAAUUGCUUCUUUACCAAAAUUGGGGACAGUACCAGUCCCGUGAGGAGUUUCAACAAACGCGCGAGGGGCGUUAUUCAGCGAACCCUGUUUUUGAGCAACAAGGUAACUCAGUGCCUAUUGACGAGUCGGGUAACGAAACCAGAAUGCGCAGUAUCCAGCUGGAAGCCAAUUCGAAAUGGUUGAUGGUGAGGCAGCUUUGGCUCUGGAAACUCAAUGAUGGUACGAUUCUCACUACCAUUCCGUCGCGGAAAGGCAUGUGCGCAGCGGAUGAUUUAUUGGAGACGAUCCGACACAGCGACUUGGACGAGAUAUCUACCGCUGACGACCUCAUGAAGCACAUUGUGCAGCAAACUGUAACCUUUACAGAAAGGUUCAAGCUAGCUGGCCUUGGCGAACAUAUACUUGAUAUCUUUGAGAGUGAACUUGCCUUUGAGGUUGACCAAGAAGCUGUUUUCUUCAACAACUUUACGCGAAAGGAUUGGAACUCUAAAUACGCAAACAAAGCCAUCAACGAAGCGGCAGGUUGUACUUGGCGUGUCAAAGAUAUUCGUGGAGAGCUUCGCCUCAUCAAUAAAGUCUUGACGCAGCAGUUGGAUGUUCUCAAGGAAUUCGCCAUGAUAAUCGCGGGUAUGUCGCCUGAAGAGGGCAAAAAGCAGGGAGAUACUCUGAUCCGAGACUCGGGUUUGGAACUUUUGAUGGAACGAAUCAAACGGAUGGAUGAAGAUGCUGCCACGACAAUCGAGGGGCUCAGCAACAUCACCCAGGCCAUGCUAGCCCAAGCAUCGCUCAAAGAGGCCGAAUCAGCACGACUCAUGAACUUCAUUAUCCUUCCAUUUACAGUUGUAACUGUCAUUUUUACACCCCUGUCAUUCAUGACUAGCCUCUUUGCCGUGAACUCAGAUGGCUUCCCACACAACGAUGACGGGGAACUUCGGAUACCUUCAGAUUGGCUUCGUGACAAGAUGAUUAUUGGUGAAAUCGGAACAUUGAUUCCUCUUCUCAUUAUUAUUGUGUCCAUCUCUUAUUUGAGGACUGACAGAAAACGUGCUACGAAACAAUAG